ACAGUUUGCCCUCCAACAUUUCACAUCUGACAAUGACGACUGAGAGUAUUGUGUUCUACGAAGACAGGAACUUCCAGGGAAGAUCCUAUGAGUGUAAGGGAGACAUAAGUGAUCUUCAUUCUUUUUUUAGCCGUUGUAACUCUGCAAAGGUGAAGGGUGGCUUUUGGGUCCUGUAUGAGCGACCAAACUACAUAGGCUAUCAGUAUGUUCUGGCCCCGGGGGAAUAUCCUGAUUAUCACCACUGGAUUGGCUUCAAUGAUUGUGUCAGAUCAUGUCGUCAAAUCAGACAUGUUACUGGACAUCUAAAACUAAAACUCUACGAGAGGCCCAACUUUGAUGGCCAAACUUGGGAGAUCACAGAAAGCACCCCGUCCAUUCAGGAAUGUUUCCUGUGCAGAGAGAUCCAUUCCUGCAAGGUCCAUGAAGGUCCCUGUGUGUUCUUUGAGCAAGCAAACUACCGUGGCCGUCAGUACCUCCUUGAGAAGGGAGAAUACAGACACCAUACUGAGUGGGGGGCCAUGCAUCCUACUGUGGGCUCUAUUCGCCGGAUCACCACAGACUGUUGAAUCCAAAUCUGCAAAGACAAUUACAGCUGUCAAAACUAGUACUGUUAAGUUGUGAAAAAUAAAAUUAUUUAAA